CGGGAGGGGUGGCGGGGUCGCUGAAGCGGUUUUGGAGCAGGUGGCGGCGAUGGAGGCGCCGCUGGAGGCGGAGCUGGAGGCGGAGCUGGACCUGGAGGGGGCGGAGCUGGAGGAAGUGGAUGUGCACAUCCAGGAGAACCUGGAGGACGCCCUGGUGCAGGAGGCGCUGCAGACCGGCGUGGACCUGCGCCAGUAUUCCCGGCAGGUGGAGCUGGAACUUCAGGAAGUGGAAAAAGCCUCGAUCCAGGAUUACAUCCGGGAGAGCGAGAACAUCGCGGAGCUGCACAACCAGAUCAGCGCCUGCGACGCCAUCCUCGAGCGCAUGGAGCAGAUGCUGGGCUCAUUCCAGAGCUCCCUGAGCUCGCUGAGCUGGGAGAUCCGAGCGCUGCAGGGCCAGGCCGGGGCCAUGAACCUGCGGCUGCGCAACCGGCGCCAGGUGUGGGAGAGGCUCGGGGGGCUCCUGGACGAGCUGGUGGUGCCCCCUGAGAUGAUCAGCGUGAUCCUGGAGUCGCCGGUGACGUCCCCGGAGUUCCUGGCGCAGCUGCGGGCGCUGGACGCGCAGCUGGGCGCGGUGAAGGCUCAGGCGUUCCGGGACACGCUCGCCUGCGCCGACGUCCAGCACGUCCUCGACCGCCUGCGCAUCAAGGCCGUGACGAAAAUCCGGGAAUUUGUUCUCCAGAAGAUUUAUUCCUUCCGGAAGCCGAUGACGAAUUAUCAGAUCCCGCAGAAUUCCCUGCUCAAGUACAAGAUCAAGACCCCAAAAAUCAGGACCAGGAUCCAAAAAUUUGGGAUCAGCUCUGGAAAAUUUUACGAGGAAGUGGCCGACAAGGACGAUCUCAUGGGCGUGGAGGACACGGCUCGCAAAGGUUUCUUUUCCAAGCCUUCCCUCCGGAGCAGGAACACCGUCUUCACCCUCGGAAACCGCGGCGCCGUCAUCGGCCCCGCCGAGCUGGAGGCGCCCAUCAUCGUCCCCCACGCCGCCCAGAAGGGCGAGCAGAGGUAUCCGUUUGAGUCGCUUUUCCGGAGCCAGCACUACGCCCUGUUGGACACCAGCUGCCGCGAGUUCUCCUUCCUCACCGAGUUCUUCCUCGUGGCCGGAGCGGCCGCCCAGGAAUUGUUCAACUCCGUCAUGGGAAAAACCCUUGGAAUGUUCCAGGUG